AUGCACCUAAUUUUGUUUGCUUACUGCAGGUAUACUGGCGCCAACCUCCUGCUCGACAUGCAGACUAUCGAGAAAGCGCUGCAUCAACCGAUGCCUUUCACGACUGGCGGCCAAACUAUUUCUGACCGAUUGACUGCGGCUAAGCAUUCUUUGGCAGGAAGUCAACUUGGAAAGACAAUAUGCAAAGCGACUACGGAAGAAGUUAUGGCUCCGAAGAAAAAACAUCUUGACUACCUUCUUCAUUGUACCAACGAGCCAAAUGUUUCGAUUCCUUCCAUGGCUAAUCUUUUGAUCGAGAGGACUCAAAAUCCGAAUUGGACUGUGGUUUACAAGGCACUGAUAACCAUUCAUAACAUCAUGUGCUACGGAAACGAACGUUUUUCGCAGUACUUGGCUUCUUGCAAUACUACUUUCAACUUGACGGCAUUCGUCGACAAGAGUGGAGGAGCCGGUGGAUAUGAUAUGUCGACGCAUGUUAGACGAUAUGCUAAAUAUAUCGGAGAAAAGAUAAACACAUACCGUAUGUGUGCCUUUGAUUUCUGCAAGGUCAAACGUGGUCGUGAAGAUGGUCUUCUGCGUACGAUGCAUACGGACAAGUUGCUCAAAACUAUCCCCAUCUUGCAAAACCAGAUUGAUGCCCUUCUGGAGUUCUCUGUGAGCAGUUCAGAGUUGAACAACGGAGUCAUUAACUGUUCAUUUAUUCUUCUUUUCCGUGAUCUCAUCCGUCUUUUCGCUUGUUACAACGAUGGAAUAAUCAAUGUUCUCGAAAAAUAUUUUGACAUGAAUAAGAAACAGUGUCGUGAUGCUUUAGACACCUACAAGUCGUUCCUCACUCGCCUCGAUAAAGUUGCUGAGUUCCUCCGCGUGGCUGAAUCAGUUGGAAUUGACCGUGGAGAGAUUCCAGACCUAACUCGUGCUCCAGCCAGUCUCCUGGAAGCCCUCGAGGCUCAUCUGAUCCACCUUGAAGGUGGAAAAGCUCCACCACCAUCACAACAACAGGCUGCGCAACAACAAUUUGCUGGUGGAUUUGGUUUCUCACAACCGCAACCAACUCUUGGCGACGCCGAAAGACAAAGAUAUAUCGAACUGGAGCAAGAACGCUUAAGGCAAUUCAAAGAUCAGAAAAAGACUAUUAACUCAGCGAAUCCAUUUGCGAAUGACGUAGCAGCCGGUCCCGCACCGCCAACGACUCAACCGGAUCUUCUUGAUAUGUUCCAGGCAUCUGCAGCUCCAGCCGCCGCUUCUGCUCCAAUUGAUGCUACUAAUCCUUUCGGAAGCUUCCCAGCUCAGAAUACGUUCCCGGCUACUAAUGGUAAGAUCACACCAAAUUAUCAAGAGUCAAAAAAAUGUUUGAUGAAAUUUCGAAAAAACAGUGAAAAUGGUUUUUUCUAUAAGUACGAUCCCAUAUGUUACCGCUUUACUCUCUUCCUCUGUUUCUCUCGGCCCACUCCAUAUGUUAUAGCGCCUCACGGAACUCCGUUCGGGGUACCACCUGGCCAUUCAUCGGCUCCAUUCUAUGCUAAUAUUCAACAGCAACCUCCAAUUCAGUCUCAGCCAACGAAUGAGCCAGAAAAUCCGUUCGUUACUGCUCACCAACCGAUGCACCACAAUGCUCCACCAGUUCCUCCCCCACCUUCUUCAGCCUCAGUUGCUGCGGCUCACGUUCCACAAUCUCCUCCGCCAGGAUCAGCUCAUAACCCAUUCGCUGAUCCGGGAGCGCAAGCGCAUCUUUUUGGGGGUCCAGGGCAUGGAGCAACUCCAUUCGGAUAUCCAGCAUCUCAUCCCGAUGAUCUCGCUCGCAUGACUGCUCAAAUGUCACUCAACCAACAGGGCGUUCCGGCUGGCUGGAAUACCACAACAGCAGCUGUUUCUAGCAACCCAUUCGGUGCUGCCGCUGCUCCGCCAAUGUACACUGCUCCAAUGGGAAUGUAUCAACAACAAACGUAUGGUGCUCAACCGAUGUGGAAUCCAGCUAUGGCACCGUAUGGCCAACAAUAUGCUUUCGGACAGCCAGCCCAACUGCCACCUCAACAACAACAGACAAUUCAGAUGGUUCAUCAAGCAAUGGCUGCCAAAAAUGCUGCACAAGCUCAACAGGCUCAAGCUUCUUCGAAUGAUCCGUUUGGAUUAUAA